UUACGCUCAGGCUUCUAAGUCGCCACCUAAGGGGUCUUUCCCACCACGCGACAAACAGAUUACAGUGACAUUCAGUGGUACUGUCCCACUUACAUCACCGUACUUUUACACCGUUUUUACCAAACGAACAUGCAUUUGUAUUGUAGUAGUUUUUGUAAUUAUUUUGUAUUUAAGUUGCUUUAAUAACAAAUCGCUCAGAGACUUUGGACGGACAUGCUACUUUCAGUUUGGCUGUUUCAUACACAAGUUGAAAAUGAGCUCCGAGGUGUGUCCUUUCUGUGGAAAAACAUACAAAAGAUUAAAAAGUCACCUGCCAUAUUGCAAGGCAGCAGCAAAGAGUCAAACGACUCCAAACCAACAAUGUGUCAAGUCUAACCAGACAUCAUCCUUUGAGUUGGCGACAGGGACGUUACAUUCACAAUCAAAGAAGAGAAGCAAUGUUUCUGCAGUAUCACUUCAAUCACCCUCCCCAGCAGUGGCCGCCAAAGUUGCAAGUGCUCCAUCAUCACGCACAAGCACUUAUUCUUUACCGUCACCACUGUGUCAAAAUAAAAAAAACAAAGUGUCUGAACAUAUUGUAAGGACUAGUACUCAGCAACUGCCACCUUCAACCACAGUCCCCUCUCUGUCCCCAUCUAUCACUGGCUCCAAAAAGAAGAGUCAUCUUGGUGCAAAACAAGCUGCAACACAUCACCAAGUGACGCCACAAGAAACCACAUCUGCCUCAGGAGACCUUUACUCAGGAUCAAAGACCACAGCACAGACCACUGGGACCAACAUGAUUUCAGAAAAAAACAAGUUGACGACAGAUAGCAAAGCCAAAGGUGCAUCUAAGAAGAAAACGUCAAAGACGAAGAAGGCUGUUGAAUCACGUCCCACAAAAUCUGACUGUCCGGAUUCCGAAUUAGAGAAAAGUACAAAAAAAACCUGUGUAAGAGACACCUGCUGGAAGGACAUCACAACAGAAACUAAAGAUUUGACUGAGAGUGAAACAACUGGUCAGGCCAGGAUCACAGUCCAGGGUGCUAAAGCAAUGUUAGCUCGAGCUAAAACAACCCCCAAGUCCAGCAGAGGCAGUUUCUUGAACAACAACGAAAACACUGACAACCUAAGCAUUAAAACCCACCUGGAUUCCAGUUUAGGUUCAGUGGCCACUCCAGUGGAGAACAAUACAGAUGCAGGCAAGUGCCUGCAUCAAGUUCAAACUCUGUCCAACCACCUACCGUGCACCAGAUUACAACAGACUGAUCUGCAGUUGGUUACAAAUAGUUGUAUGUCUUUAAUUCCUCUGCAGCACAAUAGUUUCUCUCAGUCCAAGCAGACCUUUCCUACAGCUCCUCUCUCCUCCAACUCAAUUCAGCUGAGCCUGGCUGCCAAUAAAGGCAUCAUGACUGAGGCGCUGAAGAGCAACCAGACACAUCUUCUGUCACUGUCAACUUCAGCCCAUCAGAUUUCCACUCCUCCUCUUUGUCCCCCUCCCUCACACACUGUAUCACUGAGGACAGAAUGGAAAAAAGCUGCACUUCAGGAUAGGAAACCAAACACUGCUCACAUUCUGACUGAAGAUGCUGGGACACAACGGCUUCUUGGCCACGUUAGACUGAGGGAGUUACCUGAGUGGAUUGCCUGCAGAGUUCCUGGUCAUCCAAAAGGUGUAGUGGACAUGGUUCAAAAAGGCUGGCACUGGUAUUGCAGGAAGUACAUUCACGUGAGGAAAGGUGGAGUAGGAGGACUGGGCAUGCUGUUAGCAGGAUACUGUGUACUCGGCUACAUCUGGAACUAUUCUCAUACAAAGCGUGAUCGCUGGAGAAAGUACCACUGAGGUCCCAGAGAGGAUUUGUGGACACAAGUGUCUGUAUAUGGAAAGGACAGCUGAGGCAGGAGGGGCCUUUUUAUGUAUGUAAACAAAAAAACACACACACACAUCCUGUGCUGUGCAACUGUAGAGGAGCACUGGGGGGUGGGGGAGAGGCUGCUGGUAGACACAGCUGUGCCUCCUGUUUAUAGCAUUUAUUGCUAAGCUGAGGACUGCAACUUAAUACACAACUGACAAAAAUGGGAGUGGUGUUGAAUAUCUUUCCCAAGUUUACGCCAUAAAAUAACACUGAGCAUUUCCAAAAAUCUCAACCCAUAACUUAGGUAUUGAAAUGUGACAGAACUUAAUUUGGGUCUUCUUUUGCGAUUUAUAUGUUGUGUCCCAGACUUUUAAAACGCGAUUAUGUAUGUGUGAUAUGAUUACUAAACUGCUGAUUACUCUCAGA